AUGGCGAGCACCAGCUCCGUUCUGGCCCGUCGCGGUGCGCAUGUGGCGCCUCUGCACAGCCGUAAGGCUUUUGUGCGCGUGAAGGCCAGCGCUGAGGUGUUGACGACCACCGCCGUCACCACCGGGGUAAAAGAAGUGGGCACGUUCACCGUGCGCGGCACCGUCUCCGACGCGGCCUCUGCUGCGCCCGGCCAGCCCGUUGCGUUCGCCGGCGUCUACGACGGCCACGGCGGCUCCGCUGUCGCCUCCUGGCUGGAGGCCAACCUCUAUGACGGCGUCAAGGGCGCCUGGGACCCGGCCAAGCCGGAGGCGUCCGUGGCCGCCGCCUACAUCGCGGCCGAUAAGCAGCUGCUGUCGUCCAAGGGCGGCUUCCUGGGCAUGGGCGAGCGCGGCGUAGGCGGCAGCAAGUGCGGCGCGACCGCGGCCAACGUGCUGCUGUACAGGGCCCCCGGCGGCGGCGCGCUGCGGCUGCUGGCCUCCAACGUCGGCGACGCGCGCACCCUGCUGAUCCGCGGGGGCGAGGCGAUCGACCUGUCAGAGGAGCACGUCCCUGACAAGGAGUCUGAGCGCAAGCGCAUCGAGGCGCAGAACCCCAAUCCCAAGAACCCCAUGGUGAGGUACGUCGGCGGCACCUGGCGCGUGGGCGGCCUGCUGGCGCUCUCCCGCGCCUUUGGCGACGCCUACCUCAAGGGCUCCCUGCAGUUUGAGGGCAUCAACGCCGGCGGCGACAACUACUCCAGCGGCUUUGGCGUCAUCGCCUACCCCUACACCGUGGACCUCGAGCUCACCGACGACGACACCCACAUCGUCAUCGCCUCCGACGGCCUCUUCGCCGAGGAGGCGCGCGGCGGCGGCGGCGGCCUGGACAACGCGACCGUCGCGGAGCUCUGCGGCGCCGCCGGCGCCAGCAGCUGCAGCGCGCUCGCCGAGACGAUGAGCAAGACGGCGCAGAAGGUCGGGUCGACCGAUGACGUCACCGUCGUCGUGCUGCGGCUCAAGUGA